AUGGGCCGCAAAAGAAAGCUUAGCCAGGCAGAACAGGACAACCUCAAGGAAUGCUUGGCCGACACGGGUGCCAGCUGCUCGGACCAAACGGUCCUCAAAAUCUGGAACAAAGCUUCCGAGCUGCGACCGGGAGCUGCGCACGGAAGUGCGAACGACGCACGGCACUUCACGGCAGAGCUCAACGAGAAUUCUUUGCGGUGCUUCAAGACACACGAACUGCCCACCUUGACUGGCUGCGCAGUUCGUUUCUGCUUGGGCAAUCUUCCGGAGUUACUGCAGGAAGCAGCAAGGACCUCCCGGGAAUGGAGCUCGGUUUUGGAGCGAGCGCUUGCUAGCGAUGGCGGGCGAGUGACUUGCAUCCUAUAUCACGACGAGGUGACGUGUGGCAACAUUCUGGCUCCAAGGAAGUCAGGCAAAGUUUGCUUGCUGUACGCGAGUCUGACGGAGAUGCAUGCAUCGCUUGGCAACGAGAAUGCGUGGCUCUGCGUCGGGAUCGUGCAGCACCAAGACCUGGACAGAGUCUCUGGCGGCAUGUCACGAGUCAUGGCGCUCGUGAGCCGAGAGCUCCACUGCGAGAAGCACCUCUCGGGCUUCUACCUUUCCUUGCCGUCCGGCCAGAAGUGGUGCAGUCUACGUGCUAAGACUUACUUCGUGUCGGACGGCGACGCGCAGCGCGCCACCUGGAGCGUGAAGGGUUCCAGCGGCCUGAAACCCUGCCUGUUUUGUUGCAAUGUUCUGAGCAAGUCCUGUCUGCAAGACGUGCCGGAGCCCUUCCAGGAGAGGUCAAUCGACAUCAUAGGGCGCCCCUUGUGUCAACCGACUUUAUAG